AUGUCCCGCUUGGUGAACGGCGUAAAGUCUUUCUCCACUGCGGCCUCCUCGCUACUCGCCGACGCUUCGGCCGCUGCCGCGCGGUCGGUUCGUCAACCGUCCUCGUUUCAGGUCUUCCGUGACGUCCCCGAACUUCGCCAAUUGCGUCGGAAAUUGAUUCAAAAUGAUCGCACUAUGGGGUUCGUGCCCACGAUGGGCGCCCUUCAUGAAGGUCACCUGUCGUUGAUUCGAGAGGCUGCUCGGGAGAACACUGACGUCUUCGUGAGCAUCUACGUCAACCCGACUCAAUUUGGCGUGAAUGAAGACCUUUCGAGCUAUCCUCGUACCUGGGAUAGCGACGUCGAGAAAUUGGAGAAGCUCAAUGAAGAGCUAAGUAGCUUGGGUGCUUGCACUGGACAAAUUACCGCCAUCUUUGCCCCAACCUCCAAGGUCAUGUACCCUACAUUGCCACCUUCGUCGGAAAUCGACGGACACGGCUCGUUCGUUACGAUCACACCUCUUGCGAGAAAGCUUGAAGGUGUCUCCCGCCCAGUCUUCUUUCGAGGUGUUACAACGAUUUGCAUGAAGCUAUUCAAUGUGACCACUCCCGAUCGUGUCUACUUUGGCCAGAAGGAUGUCCAACAAACUGUGAUCAUAAAACGCAUGGUUAAGGAUUUCCUCAUUGAUACUGAGGUUCGGAUUGUACCAACUACCCGUGAAGCUGAUGGAUUGGCCUUGAGCUCCCGGAAUGUUUACCUUGGGGCUCGCAGACGGGCCGUGGGACUCACCCUCUACCAAGCCCUGAGUGCCGCAGCGGAGGCAUACAAGGCAGGCAAAGCCUCUCGAGAUGAUAUCUUGGGGGCUGCCCGCAGUGUUGCCGAGCGUGUACUGUCCGAACAGCAGGCGCUCUCCCCGUCGGAGCGGGCGCUGUACGAGGUUGACUACAUCUCCCUCGCGGAUCCGGAGAGUUUGGAGGAGCUGGACCUUGUCGAUUUCAAGAAGGGGGCUGUGCUGAGCACGGCCUUUAAGAUGGCUCCUCUGGAGGAGACUAAUCCUGGCGAGGAUUGCGGUUUGGGAGAUGGAAAGGUCCCCGUACGGUUGAUUGACAACAUGAUCCUCCAGCCCCAGUCUUAA